CAGUUGCUGCUGUCACAGUUGCUCCUGGAUUCUACACAGUGCGGAUCUCUUCUUCACACUGCAAACAUGGAUCUCAAAGUGAUCGUAGUAGUCGCUCUGAUGGCGGUCGCCAUUCAUGCACCGAUUUCCAACGCCAAGCCCAUCAGCCUGGUAGAGAGAUGCUGGUGCCGUUCCACAGUCAACACAGUCCCACAGAGAAGCAUUCGCGAGCUCAAGUUCCUCCACACACCCAACUGCCCCUUCCAAGUCAUUGCCAAACUGAAGAACAACAAGGAGGUGUGCAUUAACCCAGAGACCAAAUGGCUUCAGCAGUACCUGAAGAACGCCAUCAACAAAAUGAAAAAAGCCCAACAGCAGCAGGUCUAAGAUGUCUGCCAGAUGACAAGGAAAUCUGACAGCCCACCGUCACAGAUAUGUACCAUAUAGUCCUCUGGCAUGCUUGCUGACCCAGCACUUAACCUGCCAAAUAUGCGUCCCAGUAAAUGAAAAGACCACCAGACCACCAUCGCCACCCAUGUAGUCUUCUCUGUUAGCGCCAAGUGCAAUUAUAUAUGUAUGACUGUGUUGUUUUUUAUUUUUUACGUAUGAUAUGUAUAUACAAUGUUUUUUUAUAUCGUCUCAAAAUCAGUAAAGAGAUAUUUUUGGAGUCCUGUUUGCUCCGUGUUUGUCGUGUUAUCUUGGGUUAGGCAGAAAAACAUUGGGACAAAGAGGUGUUUUGGAGCAAACGUUCAAAACUCUGAAAUAUGCACUCUUAAAAAUAAAGGUGCUUUAUCAGCAUUGACGGUUCUACGAAGAUACAUAGAACAUUUUCAUUCACCAAAUGUUUGUUUCCAUUAUUAACAUGUCCUUAAGACAAUGGAAAAAUAAUUAGGGGACCAAACAAGAGAAGUCAUUCCCUUUCGGAUUUCCAUGGCACCUUUAUUUUUAGGAGUGUACUCUAAUUUUAGAAGGAUUAUAUGAAGUUCUGAAAACUCAUAUGCAUGCAAGUGCUUUGACACAAAAAGAAGGGCAUUGAUUUUAUCUUUCAUUAUGUAUUUUACUAGUUCAUAAUUUAGAUAUUUGUAACAGCAUGUUAAAGUUAUACAACAUAUAUAGAGAAACAAAAAAAAAAAGAGUCACUUGUUUUUUGUGUUUUUGGAAAGGCAGGGUUACUUUGCCAAACAAACAUGAACUAUUUAGACCUCACAUAAACCCUAAUGUAUUUCGAAUGACUUUGGGGAAUGCAAUUGGCUUCACUUGAAGGGUCGAUUGAGAGUUUUGCAAUGCUUUGUAGGCAUUAAAUCAUCUGUUUUGUUAAUUGACCGAUCAGAGCGUGUGUAAAGAACUCAGCGUCACAACACACUGUUGCUUCACGCUCAGCAGAAUCAGGUCAUAAACAGAGACUGUCGAGCCUCAAAAGAACUCAAUUAACAAAGAAAAAAAGAACAAGUCGAAUAUAGAGAACUCUGAACGAGCGAAUUAAUUUACUCAAUCAUGAAAACUGAAUCUAAAGCAUUGUAGGUAUGAUAACCUUUAAAAAAA